AACUGUCCGGACUCCCCCUUAAACCGGCUCUGUCACCACCAAGCCAGACUUCCGCCACCAUCGGAACCAACUUUUGUUUGUGUUUUUCAAGAUGGCGGCUGGAAUGUACCUGGAGCACUAUCUGGACAGCAUAGAGAAUCUCCCCUUUGAGCUGCAGAGAAAUUUCCAACUCAUGCGAGAUUUGGACCAGCGGACUGAGGAUCUGAAAGGGCAGAUAGACUCUCUCGCUCGUGAGUACACAGCUAACGCGCGCACCCUGUCCUCAGAGCAGAAGCUCUCUCUGCUCAGGCAGAUCCAGCAGUCCUACGGGAAGUGCAAAGAGUUUGGAGAUGACAAGGUGCAGCUGGCCAUGCAGACCUAUGAGAUGGUGGACAAACACAUCCGGAGGCUGGACACAGAUCUGGCCCGCUUUGAGGCCGACCUAAAGGAGAAACAGAUAGAAAGCACAGACUAUGACUCUACCUCCAGCAAGGGAAACAAGAGUGACCUACGGGGACCUAAGGAGAAGAAAGUAUCUCGCACCAGGUCAAAGGUCAAGAACUCAGACGACGACUGCAGUCCCAAGAGUGGCCAGAAGAAAGUCAAGCUAAUGCAAACGGCUGAGUUCUCCUCUCCAGCUGUGAACUUCGGGAACGUUCACCCUUCAGAUGUGUUGGACAUGCCAGUGGACCCUAAUGAACCAACUUACUGCCUGUGCCACCAGGUCUCUUAUGGAGAGAUGAUCGGCUGUGACAACACCGAUUGCUCCAUCGAGUGGUUUCACUUUGCCUGUGUGGGGCUGACCACCAAGCCCAGGGGAAAAUGGUACUGCCCAAGAUGUUCACAGGAGAGGAAGAAAAAGUGAAUGUUCUCAGCAGAACAAUAGAAAAGAAAACACGCAUACACAGGCAGAGAGGGAGGUAGAGAGAAAAGGAUGAGAGGCACAAAGCGUUUGAUUUCCUGUACCCCAAACCCUUCGCCCUCUAUAGACACUAAUAUAGAUUCGCACUCUGCUUAAUCUGGUGCUUGUCCUCCUCUCCUCUAUCCUCACUUUCUUCUCUCUGUCUGACAGAAAGAAGGCUUUGAUGGAUGGAUGAAGGAGUUGUUACGACUGUAGCUUAAUUUAUGGUUUCAGUAAUGUUCAGUUACUUUUGUUAUUGUGGUUAUUUUGCUUUUUUAUAUAUGUAUAUGAUUUUGAUGGUUGUCGUGUUGUUUGGUUGCCUUUUUUUAUAUGUAUUAUCAUGUACAGAUACAUGAACUCAGCAGUAGAUAAAUCAGGGAGCACACUCAGUCCUUAAGCAUGGACAUCCACUAACGGUUCUUAGUUACUGUUCUUUUCCAAACCUAAUUUUUAGUCAAACACUGGCACAUAGUGCCCUCAUAAGAAGUUAGUUCUCAGAGAUAUUUCCAACUAAAACAUUCUCAGUUCACUUCUGGCACUACUUUCAUCAUGUUUUCAUGGUUUAUGUACAGUUGACUAAUCCAUGCUCUGCCCAAAAGUGCGUCCUUUCAUACCAGGUGUUGCAAGGUUGGACAAGCUUUACUGAAUGCUGUGCAACUGAGCAGAACUGUGUUGUUGUAGCUAAUCGGAACUAGGCUGGUUGGAAACAACGACAGCAAAUUUGUCCUAGGCUAUAGAUUUUUCUCGACAGUGACCCGUUCACAUCUGGUCAUUUUAUGCAACAAUACAGUUUCAGCCACAUGCAUUUACACUAAGCAGUCAAAUUUAUCUUGUUAUUCAGAUUGAAAUCUCAUUGCUGCAUAGUGUGUGAUCAGCUCAUACAACAACCAAUCGCCUGUCUUGUUCCCUGUUUUUCAUGUUCUGCUCAAAAGGUGGUUGCCGCCUCCAAAAUCACAGUUUUGCAGGGUAUUGCUUUUUUUAGACUCCUUUUACACCUGGCUGUUUCAUCUGAAAUAUAUCUAGAUUGUAACCUGGCAUAAUUUUACCCACAUGCAUUUUUAUUUGGUAACCAUAUGCAACUUUGGCUAGUCACAUUGAAACCAGGUUGCUGUGUGCCGCAUAAUAUGCAAAUAAGCUUGUAUACAAUAACUGAUUGCCUGUGUUGCUCCUCGUUUCUGUUCUGUUACAAAGAAAAUCUGAAUUUUGCGCUGCACUGUUCAUUUUCUUACACCGCCAAUUCAGUGUUUACAUGAGGAUGGCUGUUUAGAAUAAUUAGCCUCCAGUAGUACUUAUCGCACUAAUGAACAGCGAACCAUGAAAAACAAAAAGUUUAACCAGACUGGUGCUUUGCGGGGGUCAGGGAUUGCGUCUCGUAUUACCUCCUGAACUACCAAAUUUAAAUCUGUUUUAAAUGAUUUUCUUUACGUUUGCAUUUUUAUGUGGGUAAUCUCAAUCUGGAUAUAAUCCUGAUACUCAAGACACAUGAAAUGACCAGGUGUAAAUGGUCAGUGUGAUCUUUCGCAUGUGUACAAAAUGAGUAUAAUUGGAAAUCAAUAAUCCACUUUAAAACUCUGCUUACACCCGGCCAUUUCAUGUGAUUUGUAUCUGGAUUGUAAACUCGUAAGAUUUGAACCAUAUGCAUCUACACUUGGUAGUCAAAUGCAUCUUUGGGGGUAGUCAGAUUGAAAUUGCUUUGCUGUAUGGAGCAUAAUAUGCAAAUCAUCUCAUACACAAGAACCAAGCACCUGUGAUAUUCCUCUUUUUUUUUUCCUGUUCUAUUUAGAAGAUGGUUACUGCCACCAACAUUCACACUUCCAGUAGUAGUCAUCACAGUUGUGUACUACAUGCAUUAAAACGUAAUUUAUUUAGGUGAGACAAUGAAUAACAGUGAGUCGAAGUGAACAUUAAACAAACUGCUGCUUUAUUUUAACUAGGUGCUAAAUUAAACUCAAAGAAGAAACUCCUAUAAAGAGCUGAACUGAAGGAGCUGCAGUACCUCUGGUUAAUGGUGGCGGUCCAGUGGGUGGUCUCUUCCCUAUAGGCGGAACAGCAGAGGGAGGUGCCAUAUUGGGAGGGGGUCUGGUUGUUGAAUGCACUUUUCCAGCAUAAAAAUGCAUCAACGCAUACGUUCCUUUUUUUUAUUUUACUUAAGAUUACUUUCCCCACUGUUACGAUACAAGUCGGCAAGCUUGGCUCGGAUACUUUCAUCAGCCCAGAGGUGCUUGGUUUAGGGAGCUCUAGCCUUGCAUAGCCUCCAUCUUUUGUUCUCAUUGUUUACUCACCUAAUUCCGGCUCACGUAAUUGUAUACGAAUGAUGAAAGCGCGCUCUGUUUACGCUUGUGUUAAAUGCGGUCAAGAUCCGCGUCUAACCUCCUUCGAAUGUUGUUUGAGUGAUGCGAUCAGAAUCUGCUCACAGUGCAUUCUGGGGGUGUUUACACCUGGCUUUUCAUAGAGAAAUCUGAAAAUGAUCCCAUCACGGAAAAAUGCUUAUUAAUGCAAGGUGUAAACAGGCUCUAAAUGUGUAGGUUGCUUGUUGAAUGAAGCUUUUCCAACCUUGCACCAUUUGUUAUGAAGAGCUCACUUCGUGAUCAAAGCAUGGGUCAGUUUUACCAAAAAAAGUUAAUGUCCCAUCUAGUUUAGCUAGGAUUUCCCCCACCAGGUACCUUGGACAAUGCAUUUGGGGAAUUACUUCACAUUACAAGUUCCAGGAAAAGGGGCUCCUUCGUCAUUGUGCUCUUACACACAAACUCUUACUGCACACAAGUCAGUGACUCACUUAGGUUUCUAAGACUACAUUUCAGGUUCAUUCCACAACUGGCUGCUGUGAUAUAAACUUUCUCUGGUGCUCAUAACGGUUCACUACUCUAUGAACUGAAUCAGUCAAACAACUUUUCCGCUGGACUCUUUUAAUGAAUAGCAUUAACGCAAGCGGUACUGGAUGAAAGUGCUGCCUCCUUUGUGUAUUCAUCCCGCUAUAUUGUAAGCUAUGAACAAAAAAAAAAAUGGUGAAUAUUGCUGUGAUUGGCCUGCAAUAUGGGUUUAUUUGUAUUCAGUUUGACUGGAUUUUUGGUGCUCUUGAAGACAUUAGUGAUAAUGUUUGAUUUGGUUAACAGGUAUGAAAUUGAUGGUUACUCAUGCUGGUUCCUCCAUCAUACGGCUGGUGUUGGUGUCAAAGAUUGCAUAGCAGGUUUUGUCAGCAGUUUUGGUGCCGAAGUCCACAGAUAACAACCCCUGUGUAAAACUUGGCUUCAAAAUUUUCAAAUUUAUGUCCAUGCACAAUUUCUUGUAUGCCUAAAGCAAGUAUUCUUUUGGGCUGCUUUACUAUCGUCAAGCAUUAUGCGUUAUCACAGCAUUAUGACUGAUAACGGCCUUGUGAUGGAGUUCUCAUGAAGCCUUAGUAAUGUUACUUUGUGAUUCUGAUUGUUACAGAUGUUCUAGCAAGUACUUUAUUGUACUAAUGUCAGAUACUGGGUUUUGUCUUCCAUGUUCAUUGAACAAUGCCUGAUGUCUGAAUCCAGAGUUUUGUGUGCA